UUGUUUUCCAGUGUUGGAUUUAGCUAUACAAAGGUGCACAAAAUCAUUCAAUACAUGCUAAGGAGAAACAUGAGUCCAAAGUUUAUAUCUGAGAUCAUCUUUCUUCAUCUACUAUUUCUAAUCACGAUUUUUUAUGGAAGCAGAGCAAGAGAAUUAGCUGGAACAGAAAGCAAACUCUUGGAUAUUGCAGUGAACAAAACUGCUACUAAUGAACAUCAAACAGAACACAAACAUCAUGCACAUAAUCACAAUCACAUGGAUCCUUCUGUUAUGGUGUUCUUCACCUUAAAAGACUUAAAAGUUGGGAAAAGAAUGCAAAUUAAUUUUCCCAAAAGAAACCCUUCAACUUCCCCUAAGUUUUGGCCAAGAGACAAAGCUGAUUCACUUCCUUUUUCAUUGAACAAACUUCCAACUCUUCUCAAAAUCUUCUCUUUAUCUCAAGACUCUCCACAAGCCAAAGCAAUGGUAGAUACCCUUACAGAAUGUGAGAGCAAACCCAUCAAAGGAGAAGUGAAAUUCUGUGCCACUUCUUUAGAAUCUAUGCUUGAUUUCACUCAAAGUAUUCUUGGUAUUAAAAAUGAUCUCAAAGUUUAUGCAACUUCACAUUUAACCAAAUCAAGUGUCACUUUUCAGAACUAUACUAUAUUAGAAAAAAUUAUGAGGAUUUCAGCUCCAAAGAUGGUGGCAUGUCACACUAUGCCUUACCCUUAUGCUGUAUUCUAUUGCCAUAGCCAAGAAAGUGAAAAUAGGAUAUAUAGAGUUUCACUUGUCGGUGAUAAUGGGGAUAUGGUGGAAGCUAUGGUUGUUUGUCAUAUGGAUACUUCUCAUUGGGGACAUGGUCAUGUUUCAUUUCAGGUUCUUGGUGUUGUGCCAGGAAGUUCUAAUGUCUGUCACUUUUUUCCUGCUGAUAAUUUCAUAUGGGUUCCAAAAUUGGAAGUUCAGGGUGUUUCAGAUAUGUGAUUUUAAUUUUAGUAUUGUGCUAAUUACAUAGUACUAUAUGUUUAAUGUUUGAGUUUCUGUGUGAUUGUUGAAAUAAGUACUCUUCUGGGUAUAUGUAAUGAUGUUAGUGUGUUUGCUUUUUAUUUUCAAUAUGUAUUAUAUUUAUUGAGAAUAAUGUAUUGGUUAAGAAAUCAAAAGAAAUAGCUUUGUAGUAUCAUGCAAUAGUAUCCUUAACCAAUACUCUUGCCAAAAA